UGAGGUACACAAGGAGUGAUGAAUAGAUAGCUGUGAUGGUGAAAACAGUGCAGGCAAUGUGUCAGGUUUUCUUGACCCAAAUAUCUCAGUUCAGUUGCUUGUCGAGUUUAACUGUUGUAUAGGGCUCUAGGCCCAUGAACUGUGAAGAAUCUGCAUGAUAUUCCGGGUCAGCAUCUUGGUUGUAGCUUCAGUUGCACCUUUUGCUGUCAUCAGAAAGCGUUGGAAGAAGCAAAAUCUGAUGCUCCCAGCAAAAGAUUGCUCAAGCUCCCAGCAAGUGGACAUGGCAGAAGAUAAUAUUCCAGAAAAGGACAUGGAGGAGGAGGAGGUUAAAGUGGUCAACAGCAAGAAUGUGGAAAAAGUUUUGAAACCAAAUUUGACUCAGAAAAGAAACUGUGAAGUGCUUGAGCUUGACAGACAAUGGAAGUUAGGGAAUAGAGAAAUAGAGCAAUCACAGAAUCUAAUAAAGGAAUUGGAGAAGAGGAGAGUGACCCUUGAAGGGAAACCGCUUGAGUUGUACAGUCUAAAAGAAAAGCUGUCAUACAUUGGUUGUUUGCAGGGGAAUUUAGAUGACAAAACUGCAGAAGUUGACAAACUCAAUUUCAGAAUUUAUGCACUUAAAGCUGAGAUAAAGGAUCUUCAAGAAAUUAUAAGGCAGGGUAACUUGGCCAUGAAGCAGCUAGAGAAGGCAAAGAAGAUGAUAGAGCAAAUGCAGAUGGAAAAUGGUAAUGCAAGCCAGAUAAAGGGGCAGAUAAUGGUGCUUGAGGAGCAGUUGUCCGGAUUUACAACCAAUGAAACCUCUGCUCCAAAUGAUAUGGUUAAGAAGAAGCUUGAAGCUGCAAAAACUAUUGAAUUCGAAGUGGUUAAGAUGAAAAGGAGAAACAAAGAACUUGAGUUAGAAAAAAGGGAAUUGUCAGUUAAGCUAUUUGCUGCUUAUGCCAAAAUAUCUGCCCUUUCUGACAUGACACAGAGUAAGACUAUUGCCAAGAUUAGUGAACUGAGACAUGCCAACGGGGACCUCUCAGAACAAGUUGAAAGAUUGCAGAAGAGCAGAUUUGACAUGGUUGAGGAAUUGGUGUACCAACGCUGGCUCAAUGCUUGCCUGAGGGCUGAAAUCCAAGGUCAUCAAAAAUCAUCGAGAAAGACCUUGCAAAAGGAACUUCCAAAGCCUUCAGACCAGAAACCUCGCAAGAUAACUACACAAGAUCCUGACAUGAACAGCACUUCUUCUUACACCUCAUCAACUGAGAGUGAAGAUACAGACAGCAGCACCAUUGAAAGCUCUUCAAGUGGCCAUAUAAGCAUUAGCAAGAAUUCAGGCAUAGGUCAUAAGUCAAGUUGGAGAAGCAGCAUGGAUGGUUCUAGUGUUGUUUCAUCACUGGAUAAGUCCUCCACAGGAAGUCCUUUGGAAAGAAAUGGUAUCAUACGCAGGCUUUCAAAUUCAAUGGUGCCUUCAAAGACAUCAAUGCCAAGCACUAAACUGGAUGGUAUAUCUAGCAAGAGAGCUGUGCCGGUCCUGUAGGAUUUUACUGAAACUACAGAGACGCCAAAUCUUACAAAAGUAAGUAGGGUUUCUUUCAAUGAUGCAGUAGAAACAGUUCCUUCAGCAAAGCAAGUUUUAACAAAAGUCGUUGAAGGGGUGUUGGAUGACAAGGAAAUUGCUACUUUGGUCUCUGGGCAUAGAACAAGAAUGAAGGCAGGCCUGCAGUCUCAAUCUGCAAUGGCUGGAGAGAAACAUGAAUUUUCUUCAUCAGAAGUCUCCCUGGCAAAGCCAGACCAAUCAAGUGAUUCAAAGAGGAGAUAUGUUGACAAUGAUGAUACCGCUGCUCAAGAAGUCAGCAGGAUAGCAAAUGCUCGCCCAAAGGGGCUGCAUUCAGCAUUUCCAAUGUCGUUCCUAAUAAAAAUAAGAUGGAUACUCACAUCAUGCCUCCUGUACUUGCAUUUUUCAUUUUUCUAUUUGUGUUACUAGUCUAUUUCUUACAUCUUUCUGCCAGGAUAUUCUAAUCAUAACAUUUUUAUGAAGCAUGGGACA